UAUCCCAUCGAACUAAUGUGCAGUGUGGAAAGAAUUUGUCGACUUUGCUUGCAGGAAGAGUUAGAAAAUGGCCAGUCCUAUCUGUUACCGCUGGCGGACGAUAGAAAGACGGUGGACAUGAUCCGCGAAACAAUCGCCAUCGAUGUUUUCGUUGACGAAAGAGCACAGUAUUACUUGUGUGUAGAAUGUAAAGAGUUGCUGCUGAAGUGUUUCGACUUCCGCGAACGUUGCCUGGUAAAUGAUGCAAUUUUCCGACGGAAAUUCUCCCGCAGUGCGGCUACCGAGGAGGAGGAGAAGACAGAGACAACUUUCCUGCCGGCGGACACGGUCGUGUUGGAUGGGGAAAAGGGUGAGAAAAGGGAGAAGAAGGGCAAUCAUUCCGAUGAGGAGGAACUGUUUUUGCACGAGUUUAUGAUAGAAACGAUCGAGGAAAACAAUGAUGAUUGUGAUACGUAUGAACCGCUGCAAGUGGAAAUACUGCAGGAGGAGAACGGUUCCGACAGUGAAUCAUUGCCCAAAAGGAAGAAAAGCGUGUGCAAAAAACGGUCCCGCAAGAAAGCGGAUGAUGCUGACAAAGCGAACAACAAGCUGCCUUGCGCUCAGUGCGGUAAAAUGAUCGCACGGAAUAAUAUCAAUCAGCACCAGCUUACGCACGAUCCGGAUCGGCCGCAGGUGUUCUGCUCGUACUGUGGGAAAGCGUUUAAGGAUCCACGCCGUAUGCAGAUGCACAUCAACAGUAACCACACGCUUGAGAAGAAGUAUCCGUGUGAUGUCUGUGGGAAGGUUUAUCUGCGGCCGGCCUCGCUGAAGGACCACAAGCUGACGAAGCAUAGUGCCGAUAAGCGGUACGAGUGUUCGGAUUGUGGGCGAGCGUUUACCAGCUGGGCCCAACGGUGGCAUCACUUCAAGAAGGAGCACACGACGGCCAAACCGUUUGCCUGUACCUAUUGUGAUUGGGCGUUUAAGUUUAAGUGUGAUCUCACGCUACACAUCCGGAAACACACCGGUGAAAAGCCUUUCAAGUGUGACAUCUGCGGGAAAGCGUUCAACAAGAGCUACAAUGUGGUAAUACACAAGAAAUCGCACCGCAAUCUCUUACCGGUAGAGCAAGGUACGAGUCCGUCGGAUGAAACACUCAUACCCCAAACGGUGGUAAAAGCGAACAAUACAGAAUAG